CUGGACAUAUACUGCUCAACAGCCUCCCCCAAAUUGAUGCUGGUGCCUAAGCAUCAAUUUGUGAGACAGGUACCAAUGCCGAGCAUUUGUGAAAGACUUCGUAAAUAGAUCUGCCAGCUGAUCCUCCGUCCGAACAUAGUAAAGGUGAACCGAGCCAUCCCGAACUAAAUCCCGGACAUAGUGAACAUGGAGCUCGAUGUGCUUCGUACGAUCAUGCAACACUGGAUUGAUUGCUAUCUGGAUGGCACUCGUAUUAUCCACGAACAACUCCAUCGGCAGUGAACAUGAUACACCGAAGUCCUCUAACAGUCGACGAAGCCACACCAUCUCGAAGCAGACAUCAGACAUAACAUGAUACUCGCCCUCAGUCGAGGAUUUAGACACCUUAUCCUGCUUUUUACACCGCCAAGAAAUAAAUGAUCCACCAAACUGAACACACCAUCCAGUCGUGGAGCGACGAGUGUCGAUACAUCCUGCAAAAUCAGAAUCCGAAAAAGCACGGAGAACAGGUGAACCAGUAGCUGGAAAGAACAUACCGACAUCACGAGUACCUUGCAGGUACCUUUAAAUUCGAUGCGCAGCAGCGAGAUGCUCUACUCGUGGCUCAACCAUAUACUAGCUAACAAUCUGAACAACAUACGAUAUGUCGGGCCUAGUCGCGGAUAGGUAGAUAAGACUACCCACCAGGCUACGAUAGGCCGAACCAUUUGGAAUUGGAUCCCCCGAUGUAUGACUGAGCUUCAAGUUUAACUCCAUCGGUGUGCUAACUGGCUUAUAGUCUUCAAAAUUAUGCUCACUCAACAGAUCCCAGAUGUACUUGCGCUGACUAAGUAGUAAUCCACGAGAGCUGCGAGUUACUUCAAGGGCAAGAAAAUAUGUCAGGUCACCCAAGUCCUUCAAGCUGAACGCCGAGUGUAGUCUUUGUUUGAGCUGUCGAAUACCCAACUCAUCAUCCCAUGUAAUGACCAUGUCAUCAACAUACAGUAAUAGAGCUACAAUCCCUGUCGCCGAUGACUUCGUGAACAAGGACGGAUCAUUGAGGCUUUGCUGAAAGCCCAUCUGUAACACACUAGCCUGAAAUUUCUCAAACCAGGCCCUAGGAGCCUGUUUGAGACCAUAUAAGGACCGAUGAAGUAGACACACCUGAUCCGGGGUACCGAGGGUGUAGCCAGGUGGCCUCUCCAAAUACACAACUUACACGUCCACAAAUAUAUACAUAACAACCCAACUACUCCAGCUGGACAUAUACAGCUCAACAACUUCUCCUUCCUUUAUCUCGUCAAACAAAUGAUUGACCCUGAAGCAGAGCUGCUCCCCCACAAACAGAUGAUUCUCCGCCAGAUUUCUCUAUCUCAUGCAAAUGAUCGGGUCGCGGUCGAAGGUAGCCGCCGAAUUGAAGAACGAGGAAGCUUAAGCCACUUUCGCUACUGUCCACCUUAGUCGUCGAUCUAGAUCUAGGAAAGAAGACGAUGGUGGCAGUGCUGAUUUGUUUGUCUGUCUGCCGUAGAGCCCUACCGGCGGUGAGCGGCAGGGGUGAUCUAGCUGGCUUCCAAUGUGUCGUGAUCGUAGUAAUAAUACAGAGAGUGUUCAAUUAUGGAUUGGAUUUUUCAGUUUUGAUUGCGAUUGAUAGCUACUGCUGCCAAAUAGGGUUUUGCUUUCUAGAGAGGGAAAGCCAACCACGUGUGAAGAGAGAAAGAGAGGGAGAUUCGUGCAGACAAGAAACCAAACAGAGAGGAAAGAAUUCUUUGAAACAAAACAGAGUGUUCAAUUCUAGGCAAGCCAGAUGCAACCCAUCCGUCCAUCUUCGUCCAUACUGAUAACUUCUACAAACCCAAGCUUAUCAUAGAUGUCACUAGCUUGAUUUUCACUAAUUUGGGUUUCAAAGAUAAAUAAUAAAUAUGACUUAUGAGUAUACAAAAGCAUCUUGAGAGCUCAUCUUAAGUGUUUGAUCCCUGCCUAGCAGACAUUCCACGAGAGGAGUUUAAAAUUUUGAUUGUAGAAAACCAUAAGUAAAAGGAAAGGGAAAUAUGGAAUAAAAACCAAAAGGAAAAUCUACAAGGAUACAAGGAUCCACAACAGUAACAGGCAGCUUAGAGCGCAUUAGUAGGGGGAUCCAACCGAUGAUUGUUCCUUGGUGACCAUUGUCUCGUCUACAGACAACUUGGCUUAUUAUAGGUCUUAGAAUCCUUGUUUCUACCAGAACUAGAGCAACUUCCACGUCUUUUAAGGUAAGGGAGUCUCUAGGGAUCUUAUCUCUUUGGAGAAUCUCUCUUUUCACGGAGUCGAGGUUCAUGUGUUUAUUUUAAUGCUUCAGGGGGACACCUUUCCUCUUAUCAUGUGUCAUUGACUUCUUCCUUUGGAUUUUUUUUGUAGUAGUGUGCACGAAUAGAAGAUGAGGAUGAAAUGACUGGAGGCUGGGGUCGACAUUUUCCUUCUGAUGUUGGAAAAGGGGGGGCAUUAAUAGGCUUAGAUGUGUCACAUGAAAGGGUCAAGGAGCUGAGUUUACUACUAAACACCAACUGGGUCGGGGGAGAGUUGUGGGUCAAGCUCCCUUUUUAGGGCUCAACGGCUCUCCAUUCUACAAAAUUUAACUUUUUGGAGGCCUACCUAUGAUUAUGAUCAGUCAUCGUGAGGGAGGUCACGGUUAGCCGGCCAACCGACCGGUCGGUUUCGGAUUUAGGAUCGAUUAGCCGGCCAACCGAAAAACCUUCCUUUUCUGAAAAAAAUUAAUUAAAAAAAAUCUCCACCAGUCAAUCCUUAUCUUCUCUUCUCUCUCCUUCUGUCUUCGACCACAUCGUGCAAAAAAGUAACACCGGAAGACCUUUGCUGCUCUGCUUUUAGUUUCUACCUCCUCCUCGCAAACCAGAAAAUCGGUGUGCCUACCUCCUCCCCGCAAACCUUCCGACCCCUUAUGCUGCUCUGCUUUUAGUUUCUCUCUGAUGCUCUGCAAUCGACCGGUCGUUGCAGGCGCCUUAUGGAUGAGCCUCUUCCAUGCGACGAGGGGCAGGGAGAAGGCAGAGGAGUGGGUCUCGGAGACUUAGCACCAACGGGGAGAUAUUGGCAGGCAGGGGGCCAGUCGCGUGAGGCAGGAAGUUUGAAGGUUUCGGUGGCCCUGCGACUACGGUGUCUCGGCGGCGUCUCGGGGAGGCGGCGGUCGACGGUGGAGCGCGGGGAGACGGCGGGGAUUGGAUCGUCACGUUGGGAGGGUGGAGGAGGUGGCUGCUGCGGGCUGCUGCUGUGAGUCGAAGAAGACGAAGGUAGGGUUUUAUUCUUUUAGAUAUGCUGCUGGCAAAACGGCGUCGUCUCUUGUCGGUCGGUUGCGUCGGUUAGCCGGCUUCGGUUUAUCGGCUAGACGACGAACCACUCAUUUAUACCGGCCACCGAUCGAUGCACGUAUUCCUCGGUUUUCGGUUAGCUGCUAACCGGCGGUUAACGGUUAGCCUGGCCGGUUAGCCGCUAACCAGAAACCGAAAUGACAGUCCUACCCGCGAUGGUACUUCUUUCCUCCUGUAGUCUUCCUCUAUUUCCAUUUUUAGGAGGAUUUACACCCUUGACCUCCGCCUUUUGAAACAUAAUUCCCUAAUUAUGGCUUGAUCGACAAAGGGCUUCAUCAUAUUGUUUUGCUUGAAUUUGUGCACAUCCAUGGUCCAUAGCGAGUGGGAGGUUCCAACAGGGUAUUGACCGCCGACAGUUGCUAAGCUGCCUCCUUGAUUUGUCAUCUCAAAGCAUAUUUGCGAGGAGCUGCACCCAAGCCACCACCGAUUUAUGCGUGGCUAAUUAUCCUACACUCAAAGCAUAUUUGCGGGAGGUUCUCAUAAACAACUUUAUGCUAGAAGCCAUCAAGCCAAAUCCUUGCGAAGUUCCCCCUCUGAGCAUGCUCGGUGUGGUAAUCUAGUUUUAUCAUCCUACCAAUAAGGUUUCCAAGAGACAAAAGAACUUCCAUGUGAUAGAAGUGAACUGGAAAUUCGGGAUGGGUUACAGUGGAUACUAAUUUUUUAGUAACUACCGUGGCAACUUAUAUCUAAACCUUUCAUUAGCUCUAUUUUUUCCCUUUUUUAAAAUGACGGUUAAGAUUAUAUUAAGGGUAAUUUUGGAAUCAAAAUAUUACCACACCAGAUUAUUACCUAUAUUUAUAACUUACCAUUUCAUUCCUCUCCCCUAACCCUACGCCCACUCCCUAUUCAAGAUUUCUCCCAACCCUCCACCGCCUUCCGCCCAAUUGCCUGCGCCGGCCAUCCCUCCUCCCCCCCCUCUUUCUAUCUGCGCCGGCCAUUCUUCUCCCCUCUCUCCCUCCCUCCUUCUAUUCUUCUUCUUCUUCCGCCGGCCAUUCUUCUCCCCCCCCCCCCCUCUUUUAGAUCUGCGCCGGCCAUUAUUUGGGCAUCAUGCUUGAGCCAAGCAUUCCUGGUCUAUGCAAUUUCAAAUAGUUUGUCCUCGUGUUCGCUGAAUCAUAUUGAUUGUAGACUAAUGUAGAGAUGCAGAACUAGUGCUUAGCUCACUAGAGAACAGAUGGCUAUUUUUUUAUUGGUAUAUAUUUUUUUCAUAUUCGUAGUGAUUUUUUCGUACUGGUAGAGUUUUUCGCAAUGGUAGUGGUUUUUUCCUCAUAUUGGUAGUUAUUUUUUUCUAUAGUCCUUAUAUUGAUAGUUUUCGUAAAUUGAGUGGUAUAGAUUGUUUAUAUUAGUAGUUUUCGUGUAAUGGUAUAGAUUUAUUUCUAGAAUGGUAUUGAUUGUUUAUGGUAUAGAUUGUUUAUAUUGGUAGUUUUCGUGUAAUGGUAUAGAUUUAUUUCUGCAAUGGUAUUUUUCGUGUAAUGGUAUAGAUUUAUUUCUGCAAUGGUAUUGAUGUUUUUCAAAGUGGUAGUGUUUGUCUAAUGGAUUGGUACUGAUUUCGUUUUUUUUUUUUUUUUUUUUUUUUUUGCAGAAAGAUUGAGAAAAAUAUGGAAAGGAAAUCUGGCUGGAGAUCACGGAAGUGAGAGAAAGAGAGAAUUUUAAUUAAUAUAUUUUUGUAACUACCUAAAAUGUAAUUUAUUAAAAAAUUAAUUAAUAUAAUUUAUUUUUCCAUACCCAAUUUACCCUUGGUAACCACGGUGAUUACACCGUAACCUGUCCCCUGGAAAUUCAGGGAGUUGCACCCAAACCACCACCAUUUAUGGAGGUUGUCGGAGAACUUCCAGAAUCUCUAAUUUCAACAUGUUCGAGCAUCAAUAAAUUUGAUAGAUAUUAUUUAAAACUUGAAAUUAGAGAUUCUGAAACAUCCAUGAAGCAUAUUUAUAAAUAUCACUUUUAUUAUUUAUUCAUGGAUAAUACAUGCCUUAAAUUGUU